AUGUUUUGCGAAAACCGUUCAAGAGUAUUGCUUGAUGCAGAAAUCUCUGCAAUUGCAGCGAAUAUUCAAAGAUGUUUAACUGCUGCGGGUACUAAGAUUGGAGUCAAUAAAAGCAUCGUGAGAGCAACCAGCGAAUGUAUUGCUAUUUAUAAGGAGUUGGAAGUGUUAAUUGAAUUUGUUAAAGGCGCUGUAGAUGUCAGUGAAAUUGAUUUGGAAGAAAUAAACGAGGAUUUAGAAAAGUUUCUAAAUUCCGAACGAGUGAUCAAUUUAACACGCUACAUCUCGCAGAAAGAGGAAGAACUAAGAGAACUGGAAACUCAUUUAAAGCUAACUGAGGAGUUCAGACAUCAAAUGGCCGAGCAAGGAAACCCAGAGUUCUUGGAAAGCACAUCUAGCGAGGAGGAUGAAGGACCCGAAGAGAUCUCGUCAAAACCCAAGGGUUUAGAGAAACCUGAUGAACAUGAAAUUCUUGAUGAAGUAGAAGUUAAGCGAAGAACGAAAGUAAGGAAAAAGUCCAGAAAGAAAAAACUUGUCAAAGUAGAUAGAGGCGAGUACUCCGUUGACGUUGCAAGGAGAAACUGGCAGGAUCGGACAUCGCGAGAGAUGGUCAAACAGAUGAACCUCACAAGAGACUCCCCGUUUUGCGAUGUUGUUUGUUAUAAAACUUUGAACAUUUAA